AACCAGAAGAAAAAGAAAACUUCUCCUCCAAUCCAAAGUAAAACACCUUUUGUCCGAAGCAAAACUCACAACAAACACGACUUCCAAUGAAAGCCGCCGUUUUCCAGAAAGCAAUCGACGAGGAGGAAGAAGAAGAAGAAGUCUGUAAUGCCUUCGACGGCGAGGUAGAUAUCCACACUCAAACGACGUCGUCCCACGACACCAAGAACAUCCUCAAGGGCCUCUUCACUUCCUUGCUCUCGAUGGACCAGAAAAGAGCCAGAACCAUGCCCGAUGAGGAAAACGGAGAUACCACCAAUCGUAAGAAGUCACGUGCCGCCUCACGUGCCUCACGUGAUGUAACCGGAUCCGAACCGGUUCAGCAGAGACGGUUAUGGGUCAAAGACCGGAGCAGAGCGUGGUGGGAAGAGCGCAGCCGUUUCGACUACCCGGAGGACGACUUCAAAAACGCGUUUCGGAUGUCCAAAACCACGUUUAACUUAAUCUGCGACGAGCUGAACUCGGCCGUCGCGAAGGAAGACACCGCUUUGCGAAACGCGAUUCCCGUGCGUCAGCGAGUCGCGGUCUGCGUCUGGCGGUUAGCGACGGGAGAGCCGCUGCGUCUCGUCUCCAAGAAGUUCGGUUUAGGGAUCUCGACUUGCCACAAGCUCGUCCUCGAGGUGUGCAAAGCGAUCAAAGACGUUCUGAUGCCGAAGUACCUCAAGUGGCCAGACCACGAGGAAGGUUUGAGAAGCGUUGGAGAAACGUUCGAAGCGGUUUCGGGUAUUCCGAAUAUUGUCGGCUCGAUGUACACGACUCAUGUCCCGAUCAUAGCUCCUAAGAUCAGUGUCGCUGCUUAUUUUAAUAAAAGACAUACCGAGAGGAACCAGAAGACUUCUUACUCGAUCACGAUCCAAGCCGUUGUGAAUCAUAAAGGUGUUUUUACUGACUUGUGCAUCGGGUGGCCCGGGUCGAUGUCUGAUGAUCAGGUGCUGGAGAAGUCGCUGUUGUAUCAAAGAGCUAACAGCGGAGGCCUUUUAAAAGGCUCGUGGGUCGCUGGUGGGCCGGGACAUCCGUUGUUGGACUGGGUUUUGGUUCCGUACGCGCAGCAGGGGUUGACGUGGACGCAGCACGCGUUUAACGAGAAGAUGGGCGAGGUGCAGAGAGUGGGUAAAGAAGCGUUUGGGAGGUUGAAGGGAAGGUGGGCGUGUCUGCAGAAGAGGACUGAGGUGAAGCUUCAGGAUUUGCCUACGGUGUUGGGAGCGUGCUGUGUGCUUCAUAAUAUAUGUGAGAUUAGAGAGGAGAAGAUGGAGGCGGAGCUGAUAGUUGAUGUGGUUGAUGAUGAGGUUUUGCCUGAGAAUGGAUUGAGGUCGGUUAGUGCGAUGAAGGCGAGAGAUGAUAUCUCGCAUAAUCUGUUGCAUCAUGGACUCGCGGGUACUUCUUUCUUAUGAAAAUGAUUAUGGAAAUGUUAUAAUCUCAGUUUGAUUCUUUGGUUUAUGCAUAUUGUAUUGUUUAGAUCACAGAUGUAUAUGAGGCAGUAGAAGAAACUUAACAUUUUAAUAUACGUAAUACUCUAAGCAAGAUCGUAUAGCUGAAUGAGAUUUCAUUCUGAUAGUGUGGAAUGUAAGAUGAGCCAACAAGGUUGUUUUUUGGCUACUUCAGUGAAACGGCACGCAUUUUAAAUU